AUGCAGUCAUUGCAAAUACAGAGAAACCCAAUACGGGAUCAAAAAACAGUUCUGCUUUUUAUAAACCAAAUAAAGCAACAUCCCUGUCUGUGGAAGCAAUCAGAUGAUUAUUACAGGAAUAUAAAUGCAAGAAAAGUAGCUUGGUGCACAAUAGCUCGAAAAAUGGGGCACAGUGUUUCGGUCCUGAGGAGUAAAUGGCGAAGCUUAACGGUCCAUUACUUCAAGCUUAGAGACGACAUAGAACUGAGAAGGAAUGCUCAGAAUCAAGGUGGGCCAAAUUGGUUUGCCUACUGCUCAAUGGAGUUUUUGGGAAAUUCCAAAAAUGUUCGCCAAAGAAGAGGACAGCAUAAAGAAUAUCUAAUUUUGGGCGAAGAACAAAACAUAGUUCCGGAGGAAUGUGAACUGAAUGAGAUAGUCCACGUUGAAGAAGAAUCCGAGAAUUACGAAGCGACAAUGGAGGAUAAUUUAGCGGAAUCAACGACCGUAUGUACCGUGUCUUAUGAUGUGACGAAUGGCAAUCUGCCCCAAGGCACUUUGCUGGAGGAAGAACAAAAUAAUGCUGAUGAUGGCAUGGCAGAUUCUGAAAUCUCUCUCGAACAACGUUAUGUGAAUGAAAAACGGAAAUCAAUGUUGUUAUAUCAGUUAAACGAAAGACUCGAGAAACAGCUACAACAGCAAAGAGCGGAAGUACAGCUACAACAACAAAAAAUGUUAUCCUUGGAGCAAAAAUUGAAAUUCUCUGAAAGAAAAUUAGCCAAAUUGACAAAAAUUCAUCAGGAGAAUUUUGAUACAAUUGUAUCAGAUGACGACACAACAGAAACGUUAGUGGAUGGCACAACUUUUACGAUCAACGUUGCAACUGAUGCAAACGGUCAAUGUGAUCCGUUGUAUAACCCGACAGAGACAAUCAAUCGAGGCAGUAGCUCAGACCCUAUUCAGUUAAUGAGUAGUUCCAUCAAAAAGAUGCAAACUGUAAUUGAGAGUUUUACAAAUCAAUCGAAGCGUCGUUAUAGCGGUUUCGGAGAGUUUAUGGUGCGCGAGCUUAAUGAUAUGGAUGAGACAACUAGCUUAAGAUUGAUUAAAGACAUGAUAUCGAUAUUGCAAAGGGAAGGAAAUGUUCAUCGCAACACUAGAACCCAUGUGGAAUGA